GUUGACUCGUUCAGGGAGCGGAUCACGAGCGAGGCUGAAGACCUGGUGGCAAAUUUUUUCCCAAAGAAGCUGUUAGAACUCGAUGGGUUCCUUAAGGAGCCUAUCCUGAAUAUUCAUGAUCUCACUCAGAUCCACUCGGACAUGAACCUCCCAGUGCCUGACCCAAUUCUUCUCACGAACAGCCACGAUGGACUGGACGGGCCAAAUAUGAAAAAGAGGAAGCUGGAAGACCACGAAGAGACCUUUCAGGGUACCAAAGUGUUUGUGAUGCCCAAUGGGAUGCUGAAGAGCAACCAGCAGCUGGUGGACAUCAUUGAGAAAGUGAAACCAGAAAUCAGGCUGCUUAUCGAGAAGUGUAACACGGUCAAAAUGUGGGUGCAGCUUCUCAUCCCCAGGAUAGAAGAUGGAAACAACUUUGGUGUCUCUAUUCAGGAGGAAACGGUGGCUGAGCUUCGAACCGUGGAGAGUGAGGCAGCAUCCUACCUGGACCAGAUUUCUAGAUACUAUAUCACAAGAGCAAAGUUGGUUUCCAAAAUAGCUAAGUACCCUCAUGUGGAGGACUACCGGCGCACGGUGACCGAGAUCGACGAGAAGGAGUACAUCAGCCUGCGCCUCAUCAUCUCCGAGCUGCGGAACCAAUACGUCACUUUGCAUGACAUGAUCCUUAAAAACAUUGAGAAGAUCAAGAGGCCUCGGAGCAGCAAUGCUGAGACCCUCUAUUAAGUGUCAACGUUUGAACUUGAGAACUGUUCAGUCAACUAAAGACCGUCAUUGCCUUGGUUUGUUACGUGACUAUCGAGAUGGGAAACUGGCUGGAAAUAGUAUUGCAUUCUUAGUUAAACUCUAAAGAAAUUCUUGCC